GGAAAUAAAUAGCAGGACAGAACUGCAGGCCGCGUGAGGCAGUAGAAAAUUGCGGUUUGAUUUUUUCUCCUCGCCCCGCCGCUACACGCCACGCCCACGCCAACGCCAUCGUCGCCGCCUCCGCACCAACCGCCCUCCUCUACAUAACCGAUCCGAGAACCGCGCGACCGCCCACGGUGGGUUCUCACCGCCAACGACUUGGGCCGGCGCGUUGAGGGUCGGCAGAUGCGGGACGGCGGCGGCUCCGGCUCCGGCCGCGAAGGCGGCGGGGAGGAGGAGAAGGAGCGGGAGCGUGGGCCGCGGCCGGGGUGCGGGGGCGAGGCGGCGGGGCAGGCGGCGGCGGACUGCGCGGCGGUGUGCUGCUGCUGCCCCAUGGCGCUGCUGGAGCUGGUGCUGCUCGUCGCGGUCCGGCUGCCGGCCGACCUCGCCCGCCGGGCCAGGCAGAGGCGGCGCCGGCGGCGCGGAGGCAGCGGGUCGGCGUCGCUGUCCGGGAGCACCAAGGCCAUGUUCGCGGCGGCGGACGCGCUGGAGGCGGACGAGGCCGAGGCCGGGGCCAGGCGCGAGGAGGAGGCGGCCGAGGCGGCGUCCGAGUUCGAGCGCGAGAUCAUGGCCUCCCGCCUCUACGGCGCCGGGUUCUGGCGCUCCAACUCCUCCCGCUCCAGCUCCCGCGCCUCCUCCGCGCGCCGGUAGCCGCGCUCGUCGACGGCCGAGCCGGCCAGCAACGGCGACGUCCCGUCGGCGUCCUCUUCUUCUUCUCUGUCGCGUCGAGUGCGUGUGUUCCCUGUGCCCGCCGUCGCGUUGCGCGGCGUGCGCGUGGAAGAUUUGGCUCGCCUCGUCAGGUGUUUAGUUUUAGUUUAGUUUGGCAUCGUGGUACAGCAGGCGAUCGUGGACACGUGCGUGCGUCCGAUCUUGGCCAUGGCGUGUCGCUGCUUUAGGAUGGGAUGGAUUCGUGAUGGACCAGUGGAAUUGCUCGGCUUGGCUUUGGAGAGAGGAACGGUGGUCGUCCUCAACUCCUGAGUCCUGACCGAGCAGCAUAUGCUAUUGUUGCCACCUGUGGAAUUGGAAUUGGAAUUGCUUGCA